AUGUCGGCAGUCAAAGAAUACAAGAUUGAUGUUCCGCAGCAGAAACUGGAUAGAUUGAAGAGAAGACUCGAUGAUGCUGAAUUUCCGGAUGAGCUGGAGGAUAACCCCGGGUGGGAUUACGGUGCUCCAUUGAAGGAUGUCAAGCGCAUCGUCAAUCACUGGCGCAACAAUUUCGACUGGAGAGCGCAUGAAGCCAAACUGAACUCCCUGCCCAACUAUGAAGUGCAAGUCAAUGUCGACGGCCAUGGACCCGUUGAUAUGCAUUUCAUACAUCAAAAGAGUGAUGUCCCAGGAGCCAUUCCUCUUCUUUUUGUCCAUGGUUGGCCGGGAAGUAUCUUGGAAGUCACCAAAAUGCUCCCAAUGUUGAAAGGUGGCGAUGGCAAACCAGCUUUUCACGUCGUAGCUCCUAGUUUACCAAACUACGGCUUCUCAGGCCCAGCCCUAAAACGCAACUUCAACGUAAAACGCACAGCAGAAGCCUGCCACAAAGUAAUGCAAUCCCUCAACUACCCCCAAUACGUAACGCAAGGCGGCGACUGGGGUUUCGUCAYAACCCGCGCCCUCGCACAUCUCUACCCCCAAAACGUCAAAGCCCACCACAUAAACUGGGCCUGGGCAGCUCAACCGGAAAACCCCACUCCAGACCAACUAGAAUUCUCGGAGCGAGAAAAAAAACAACUCGCCUCGGCGGAAAAAUGGAAUCCUUUUGGAAUGGGUGAUGGGAGGGGAUAUAUCGCCAUUCAAUCCACUCGACCGGCCACCAUAAAUUUCGCUUUUAGGGAUUCUCCUCUUGCGCUUCUGGCGUGGAUUUAUGAUAAAUUGGUGGAUUGGAGUGAUGCGUAUCCUUGGACGGAUGAGGAAGUUUGUUUAUGGGUUAGCAUUUAUGUUUUCUCCCGCGCGGGACCUGAUGCUGCGAGUUAUUUGUACUAUGAAGCUUUGCAUGAUGCGGUGGAUGUUCCGGUGCCGGUUGUGCAGGGGUAUAUUGAUGUUCCGUUGGGGAUUGCGGAUUUUCCUGUGGAGUUGGCGAAUAUGCCGAUCAAGUGGAGGGAUGGGAUGGGGCCGAUUAAGUUUAUGAAGGUUUAUGAGAAGGGGGGACAUUUUGCGGGCUGGGAGAGGCCGGGGGAUAUUGCUGAGGGACUUGGGGAGAUGUUUGGGAAGGGUGGGGGGGCUUAUGGGGUUGUUGAGGGGAGGGAUGGGUAUUGA